ACGGUCAGUAAGUUUGGAAGCAGGCUUCCCUGAAAGCAUCAGCAUCAGCUAGCAGCAGCCUGGCAGUCCAGACACAGAGAGAGGGGGGAAAAAAAAGACUCGCAGAAGAAGACGAGACUGAGACUGCAUUCACCCAGAGAAGAAAGAGAGCGAGGGGAUACGCGUUUGCCUAACCGAUCAGCGAUUUAAAAAUGAACGUUGGGGAAGAGAACCUGCUGAAGUCGAUCAGCAACGAUACUCUUCUGGAUCUGACUCAACGCUACGGCCAGUCCACGUUCGGCUUCGGCGCUGGCCAUGGUGCUGGAAGUCCCGGGCGCUAUCCGCUCACGCCGGCUGCUGAUUUCCUCUCCGCUCAGACGGCCAAGUCCACCGAGAGCGGCGGGGAGCACACGAGCGACGAGGACGACGGCUACGAUCCGCUGGACCCCAGGAAGAGAAGCUCGGCGUUCGACGACGACAAACACUCGGGCUCUCUCGCCAAGAAGCCCAAAGAGCAGAGGUCGCUGCGGCUGAGCAUCAACGCGCGGGAGCGCAGGCGAAUGCACGAUCUCAACGAUGCCUUAGAUGGUCUGCGGGCCGUGAUCCCUUAUGCACACAGUCCCUCCGUGAGGAAACUCUCCAAAAUUGCGACUUUGCUGCUGGCGAAGAACUACAUCCUCAUGCAGGCGCAGGCUUUGGAGGAGAUGCGACGUCUCGUGGCUUACUUGAACCAGGGACAGGCCAUCACGUCGCCCAUUCCCACGGCCCUGGCUCCUUUCGGACAAGCGGCCGUGUACCCUUUCACGGGCUCGGCUCUGGCAACCUGCGCCGAGAAAUGCACUUCUUACUCCGGAACAUCCUCAAGUAUCUUCAAACACUGCAGCGAUAAGCCUUGACUGGGUUUCAUCCCCCUCCCUGACCUGCUGCAUCCACAUGUUGGACUCCACUUACUUUGAGUUAUUGCAUCGAAAAUGAGUUUAGUCGAACGCGUAACCUUACACCAUGUUUAAAUAACUGCAAUGUUUCAUUCCAGCCCAAAACCGAUAUUUGCUGAAGGCUUAAAUAAUUUCGGGAAGAAGCAUUUAAAAUGCUGUUAACCUUAAAGAUGUACUUUCACCCUUUUUUUCUCUCUCUUUACGUAAUUCAUUGCAAUUCCGUGUAAAAAGCAUUCAUGCGAUGAUGUGAUGGGCAUGAACGACUGCUUUUGUCUUUAGGGUGAACAUGCUGGAUUUGAAAAGUUUUCACCGGUUUUCAUUUAAAUUAACUUCUUGUAAACUAUGCAACAUUAUGAAAACUACAUGUUACCAUUAAUGUUCAGCAGCCACUACUAUGAAGUUUGAUCGUCGGUUUUUGCCGAUUAUGAAUGAUGUAUUUCUCAUGACUGCCGUUUCAGCUA